GGUUGGGGUGCGCGCCCGCCGCAGUGGACGCCGCCGCGGCCGCCAUGCAGCUGACAGUGAAAGCGCUCCAGGGCCGCGAGUGCAGCCUGCAGGUGUCGGAGGACGAGCCGGUGUCCACGCUGAAACAUCUGGUCUCUGAGAAGCUCAACGUCCCCGUGCGCCAGCAGCGGCUGCUGUUCAAGGGCAAGGCCCUGGCAGAUGGGAAAAGACUCUCUGAUUACAGCGUUGGGCCCAAUUCCAAGCUCAACCUAGUGGUCAAACCUCUGGAGAAGGUGUUACUGGAAGAAAGCACCGCCCGGAGACUGGCCGAGGUCCCACCACCGCCCACACCAGCCUGGCAGCUGAUCUCCAAAGUCCUGGCCCGCCACUUCAGUGCUGCAGAUGCCAGCAGAGUUCUGGAUCAACUACAGAGGGAUUAUGAGAGGUCCCUGAACCGCCUGACGCUGGAUGACAUCGAACGCUUGGCUAACCGCUUUCUGCACCCCGAAGUGACUGAAGCUAUGGAGAAGGGGUUCUCCAAAUAGGAUUCUCAGAGUGUGGGGAGGAGCCCGACCAGGCUACAAGCUGCAUGUAGCAUUAAAUGUGUUCUCCUGUUGCAAUCUGGCUCAUAAUCAUCAUCAUCAUCAUCAUCAUCAUCAUCAUCAUCAUCAUCAUCGCCGGCAGGUACCUGGGUACCCAUACCUGGUUCUUGCUAAGUGCCAGGCACAGCUUACAGCACUUGACAUGGGUUUGCUCCCACACCUCACACAAAAGGUAAGACAACGAGGCACCUAGCAGUGAAGUGGGGGAGCCAGCAUCUGAGUGCAGCCAGCUUCUAGAAAUGCCCCAGGGUGCAAAGGAACAAAGGGGCUGUUUGGACGGGUUCCAAGGGAUGGGCUUUGGCCUAUCAUGUUUAGCCCACUGAGAAUAAACCCUCCAGAAACUCUUCUUCAGGCCUGAAAGGGGAAGCAGCUGGCCCCUGCUGCCCAGUCCCGUCACCUGACCUCAGACAGGUUCGGGACAUUGGCAGGAGGCCAAGUGACAGCGAGCCCUGGGGCCCCCUCAGCCGCUGCAGCCAGUGAGCACUCGACAAGGAAAAGCAGGUCGGGGAGUCGGGGACCUCUGCGGUAUGACCUCAGGCAAGUCCCUGUGCCACGUCGGUCCCUAGUUGUUAACUCUGCACAAUGGGGGCCACUCUUGAAAGCUCCUUUUCCUUCAUCCUUACCCAGCCCCGGGGUGAGGGGUCUGCAGCCCUCCUCCUGUACUCCAUAAACAGACAGGCCAAAAACCAAGCAAUGGCCAAGCAUGGCCCAGAGAUGCGAUGUCCUGGCCCUUCACGUCACAGCUCUUUGGGUACUCUCUCUGCUUGUCUCCUCUGGACGUGAGCAUUUCUCAUCUCUGAAGGAUGACAGGUGACUGACUUGAGGUCACUCAGCCUUGGCCAGGCUCCCACAUCCUGCGUUCACCCACAGUGUGGAAGUGGACCCUUCCCCUGCCGCAUGGAUACAGGGCCUUUCACUCUGCACACGCCUCACUGCCUAAGAGGAACCCUCAGAGUGCCGGGGAGGGGGUAGAAGCCUGGCCUGGUGGCGCUGAUCCUCCCACGUUGCCUGGUGUAUGGGCACCAGAGGUCACUAGGCACCUGCUCCUUGGCAGAGGAUACCUAGGGCUGUCAAGACUGGAAGGAAGCUGCCCUCCUGCCUGGGCCGCAUGGGGUGAAUGCUGGGUCCGCAGGCUGGGAAGACAGAGGCCCAAUGGGCGAAGGCUUUGAAGAGCAGAAGAAAGUCCCUGGCUCCCCCCGAGAGCUGGGAAUAUCAAAUAGCAGGGCCCGCUCAGGAACUGGUGUGGUCUGGCAGCUCAUGUGAUACUUACCAGUGCUCUCAUUUUAUUUUGAGUCAGGAAAUUUUUGUUGAAAUUUUGAAUCCCACUAAAGGUGAACGUGGGACUGACUCUUACCCAAAAGGAACUAUGUUAGCCAGGCUGCUUUUGGUUUCCAAUAAUUGGUCUAAUCAUGGAAGAAAUUGGUUUAAACAAUAAAGGAAACAUUGGUUUGCCAAACUGAGAAGUCCAGGGGUAUUGGCAGCAGAUGGACAAUUUCACCAAAUACCCAGUUUCUUCCUACCUCCCCUCUGCAUCCUGAAGUGUCUGCUCCAUCCCAGGCCGUUGCCUCAGGAGCAAAAGAUGGCUGCUUGCAGUUGCCACUGAAUCUUGUUCACAGUCAGCAAGGAGCACCUUCUCGCCCUAUAGUGUACCUUCUUUCUCUGAUGCCCCCAGCAAAUAAACGCUGUCCUUGUAUUGGUCAGAA